AUGCUUGAUGGAGCAGUGGGAAGUUGGAGUCGGCUCUCUAAUUCGUCCAGAGGGUUCACUUUCCCAAUUUUCCAUCCGUUGUGCCUUGGCUCGAAAGAAUUGACUGAUUUGGAUGCCGGCAAAGCGGCGCGGCUACGGGUGGAGCUCGUUGUCCAUUGCAACUUGCUCCUAACCAUCACCACCGCCGUGGAUGUCGCCCACAGCGAGGACACUCUAUUCUUCCACACUCUAGAAUACUGUUCAUUUAAUUAUCGCCCUCGACCAACGUUAUCGCCGUGGGGCAGGAUGUCGCAGCGUCAUCAUGUCACCCCCAACACGAGUUCGCAGCCGAGUGGUGGCCCCUCAGCCGCGCUGCUAGGCCAUGCUCCAGGGCAAUCCUCGUUUCAGCCGUCUGCCACUCAAUACAUGCAUCUAUAUGCCCACGAUCACCCUCCAUCACCUUCCUCUAACUCUACCAAGCAGCAGCAGCUGCCAGCCGUGGCUGUUGCAGCACCCCGCACUUCCUCUCUCCCCCUCGCUGUCCAGAUGGGCCAUAGCCAGAGCAAACCCGCGCCGCCGCUUCCUUCUCCAGUCGCGAACAACGGAUCACCGACGUCGACACUGAAUACAGCUUCAUCGGCAGCCACCAAAGGUCUCAAUGCCGCUGUAGCUGGUGGCAUGAAGCUCAAACGCGCUUUUGCAGGACGGAGGAAAAAAUCGGAGGAUGCGUCGACCGUGUUCGUCAGGCCCAGUGAACAGGAGUUGAAGCAGCGGACAGUGGACCAGUUUCCGCGCCCGGCGGAGACUUGGACACCUCAGCGGAUAGAGGUUGGGAGUUCGUCAGCGCCACAGUUCUUUAACAAACCACUCAUUAUGUCGCCUCCAUCCUCCAUGCCCUCUCCACCUCCACCCACGCCACCCAAGAAAGAGCUACCCGCACCUACUGCAUCUACACUACCACCCCCUGAUCUCUCUGUACCAGCCAGAAACUCUGUUAUUCCGCUCAGCCCGGGCAUUUCAUCCGCAGUCAACUAUAUGAUGCUGGAGCAGCAGCAGCAGACUGCAAUUAAACAGGUUGAAGGCGAUAAGCGGGAAAUGAAAGAGUCCUGGCGGAAGAGCGACUCGACGAAUAGUCAUCACACCAUCCGUCCUGGAGCUGGUGUGUCUUCGUCGAGAUCAUCAAGGCCGGUAUCUUGGGCAGAGAGCUUCCAAUCUGCUCACACGGUGGUGCAAGUUUCUGGGAACAAACGACGGAGUGCGCUUCUUGGGGAUGCGGACUUCGGCAUGCCAGAGGAAGACGAUGAUGACGACGAUGCUGAUAACAGCUCCUUCAACUCUUCUUCACCUCAUCCUCCCCAAAACCCGGCAUCGACGUCCUCGCCUUCGCUACCGUCCUCGGUACCUGCUCGAGUGAUCAAGAAGCGUCGAUCAGUAUCCCUGGUUGGCGUUGCGAGCACCAGCAGCAGUAAAACGUCUGUUCCUGUGCCCGCACCCCCACCAAGCGCGUCUGCAGCAGAGCUCAAGUACCCUUCGUACUCGAUCUCGGAGGGCGUUCCACCACCUCGAUACCCAACUGCGCCUGUACCUCGCUUGCCGCCAAUGAUGUCGCCCUCUGUAUCCCAACCUCAACCCCCCACCCAGCCGGCCACUUCCAUGGCAAGCGCGACGGUUGCUAGUCUUAAGGGCAAGUUCGCAGCGUGGUCUUCAGGUGGGACUCUUUCUACGACAACUAUCUCACCCCCUAUUCCCGUCAACUUCACUCCGCGGCGCGACCAGACUCUUCCUUCCCUCCCUCAACACAACCUUGCGCCUACACCAUCGCCCACGACACCCUCCUCUCGUCAGCCUGCGAUCAGUGGUAUUGGCCCUGCAGCAGCCGGCUUGGCCAAGCGGGCCGUGGAGAAAAUGGGCCGCAAGUGGGGGUUGUCCUCAAGCACCUCUGGUUCAGGAUCGGGUUACUCAUCAUCUUCAUCGACGAGCAACAGCACGAGUGCGCCUUCGGCAUGGUCAACCCCGCAUACAGAUUAUGCCGUGAUCAGGGACUCUGCCGGAAAUCAUUCGACGCCUAGUUUGGGUUCCUCGUUCGGUAUCGGAGGUACGACUGGAUUCAUGAGCGGGUCCCCGGGGAAGGGGGUUGGCAUUCAUAAACGUACGCCCAAUGCACCGUCAGGGUCAGGAGCGGGCAGCAUCUCCUCGAGCCUAACAUCGGCUUCGGAGUCGGACCCGUUCGCUCCCGUUGGACCUGUAUUGGGCAAGCAGCUGCGUGGCGGACUGCGUUCGAAGAACGGGGUGCAGGUCAGUGGUGGGAUCGUAUUCUCAAGGGAUUUGAGAAGUGUGGUUCGAGAGACGGGCAUCAAGGUUGGCAAGCCGCCUAAUGCUAACUCAACCCCCAAAGAGGGCUUGGUUGGAGAGCUAGAAGAGAGGAUGCUACCUGCGCUAGUCGUGCGGUGUGCUCAACAUCUGUUAAUCUGGGGUGUGCAGGAGGAAGGAUUGUUCAGGGUGAAUGGACGACCGUCGCAUGUCUCGAAGCUCCGCGCUGAGUUUGACUCUGGUGCCGAUUUCGACAUGGCGGACUGCACGCCUGGAGAUCUGGAUCCGCAUGCGGUGUCGUCGGUUUUCAAGGCCUUCUUGAGGACACUCCCGGAACCGAUAUUGACGCAGAAGCUUCAACCCUACUUUGACGCAGCUAUCAACAAGGAAACUGCUCUCAACGCACCUCCACAACCUAGCAGCCCCAACCGGAUGUCUCUUCGACCUAUACCCGGUCUCCCUUCUGGACCCAAAGCCGGGGGUGGUAUGGCUAUCCGCAAGCCUCCAUCGCUUUCCACGCUCGCCAUGCCCUCCUUCACCGGAAUCCCUCCUCCAUCAAAAUCGCUCGUCGCGGCCGUGCGGUCCCUGAUCGCCCAGCUGCCCCAGGAAAACCGCGACCUCAUCCGGACGGUGGUCGACUUGAUCAGGGCAACGGCGAAGCAGAGCAAGGAGACGAAGAUGCCGCUGAGCAACCUGUUGUUGGUGUUUUGCCCAAGCUUAAAUAUGAGCCCUCCGCUUUUGAAGGUGCUCUGUGAAGCUGAAGGCAUUUGGUCGAACGAGGAUUCGCCGGUCAUUGACAUCAGGAGGCAUACGCCGAAUUUAGGCGCGGGUGAUAGUGCCGAGGUGCCACCACCGACCCCAACCAAGAACGGUGUGAAUACCAGUACGGGCAGCGGCAAGGAAGUAGUGGAUGAAACCUCGAGUGUCAGUGAUACCAUGAGCGGGAUGGAGCUAGACGAAGAGGACAGUCUCCGCUCUGAACGCCCUUCACUCGAUAAUCCAAGCUCCGAUUACCACGCGUCGGCAGAAGAUGACGGUUCAUCGAUGUACGAUGGAAGAGAUGAAGUACAGAGGAGGAUGUUGCUGGGCGAGAGACCGGAAGUGCCAACGCUAUAUCUGUCCACACGAAGCCAUUGCUCAUCGAGCUCAGCCUCGUCCUUGCUGCAAGAUCUCCCUACCUCGAAGUACGACGGGGCUUUUGUGCAUCAUUUACGAGAUACGGCAACAGACGACGGCUCGAUCUCUUCUGGUCCAUACUCCGUGAAGUCCAUGAACAACCCGCAUCCCUCUUCAUCUCCGCCGCCAUUGUCAUCUUCAGCGGAAUCGAUUACAACGCCAACCUCGUCAAGUAACCCAUCCCUCUCUGACUUACAUCUUGACGGCAGCGAGAAGGCGCAACUCGAACCACAACAUCAACAUGAGAGCCCACACUCACAAGCUGCCAGUGGUGGUGCACCUCACAUCGCUGAGCCGAUCCCCCUCGAGCUUCGAUCGCAAAGCAAUAAGUCGAGACCUCUCAUCAGCGCUCCGAUGCCUUACAUUGUACCCGUUCAGUUCCCUUCCGAUGCCCCGCAGCCUGCUGUGCCCACAACGCCAUCGAAGAGGCGAUCGAUUCCGAUCCUAUCACUGCCCAAUUUCUCUCCACCAACCUCUGCACACGAUCGCGAUUCAGCAUAUGUCGAAGCCAGCGGCGCGGGGGUCAAUAUCGAGAGGACGUUGCGGGCAAAGAAGCCUUCUCUGAAGCUCUUGUUUUCCAAGCGGUCGGCUUCAUCCUUGAACACUUCGGAAAGUAGAGAUAGAGACAGAUUGGGUAGCAUGCCUUCUAUCCUGCCAUCGAUGAUGCACCCCGCCCCGAGAUCGGCGAGCGAUUCAUCUAUCUCUACGCCUAUAUCGGCUGUAACGGCACCGCAGUCAACAUUGUCGGGGUCGAGCAGCACAUCGAACCUUCCACCGGUAUUAGAUACCCCGAUCGAGGAUGGCUCCUUGAAGUUGGACCUAGGUCUUGGAUUCGAAGCCAGUUCGACAACAGCCAUGUCCAACGGGAAACGGGCGUCGGCUGCAAGAGGUGGCGCAGGAAACGUCAGCACCGAAGCCGUUAUACCAAAACAAACAGCUGUUGCUGGUCCCUAUGCACCACUGCUGCGGACCUCACUCUCUCAAGACUCCAGACGUUCGGCACCAAGUCAGCCUACUUCUAUCGACUCGCGGUCGGUCCCAAAACCUGCGGAAAAGCCCAUCCCCUUGCAGCCGUCUUUGUCGAGUCUGUCCCUUUCUUCGACGACGUCCCAUCGGCUCAGCUUAUUUGACGAUGGUGGUGACGAUGAUUGGACGCAGAGCGUCCUAACAGCUGCGGAAAUGGCCAAUCAGAGGCCAAAAUCGUAG